UGCUGUAGUCCUGCCCCUCCGCUUGCCCCCGGCCGACCAACCAACGCACACAACGAAUAUAAAUAUAUAUAGAGAGCAGGGGAGAAAAAAGAAAAAGUUAUAAUUUAACCGCGUUACAAAUUGCGCAUGAAAUGUUGUUGGAAUACGUAAUGGCUCUGCUUGUGAUCAUGGGAUUAACCACAACGUUUGAUAAGCAACACAGGCACAAGCAACAAUUCGGUAAUCAUGGGGACACGGAUCUCUCCAACGUCAUAUUGGACAACUACGAGGGUUUUGAACCACACUUCGAUAAUAACACGGAGCGAGAAAUUAUUGCCGCUUUGGGCACAACAGCCCGACUGCAUUGUCGGGUGCGGAACUUGGGGGAUCGAGCUGUGUCCUGGAUACGCCAGCGGGAUCUGCAUAUACUGACCAUCGGCAUCAUGACCUACACAAACGAUCAGCGAUUUCUGGCCAGGCACAUCGAUAACUCCGAUGAGUGGGUGCUGAAGGUGGUCUCCGUGCAGCCCCGGGAUGCGGGCAUUUACGAGUGUCAGGUGUCGACAGAGCCGAAGAUAAGUCUGGCCUACAAACUGAUGGUUGUGACAUCGAAGGCACAAAUACUGGCGAAUCGUGAGCUCUUCAUCCAAAGUGGCAGCGACAUUAAUUUGACGUGCAUAGCCCCCCAGGCUCCUGGCCCCUAUACGCACAUGCUAUGGUACAAGGACACCGAAUUAGUCAGUGAUUCGACGCGUGGCGGCAUACGCGUUGUCUCCGAGCAGCAAAUGAAGACAAGCAAUUUGGUGAUAUCGCGCGUGCUGCACACCGAUUCCGGAAAUUACACGUGUUCGGCGGAUAAUUCAAACUCCGACAGCGUCUUUGUGCAUAUCAUUAAGAGCGAACAGCACGCGGCCAUGCAACACGAACUGGCGGUGAGGAUGCAGCUGCCCAAGCUGUUGCUCGUCCUUUUAACAUUUUUUCACCUUCUAGUGGGUGCUAUCAAGUGAACAUUUUGAAAUGCUCAACCGUCUAGGCCAGUCGUCGUAAUCAACAAAGUUAUCAUCGUCAUCAUCAGCAUCAGCCUCUGCGUCUCACUAGCAACAUCAUCAUCUGCCUCACUAUCCCUGCCAUCGUCAUCAUCAUCAUCAUCAGCAUGCAAAGCAGCCCCACUUAUACUUUGGUGACAUGCCCACAAAAUCUGCAUUAAUGUUGCCGCCUCUUUGGCUGCAGUUGCAGUUGCAACAACAGCACGAAUACAUGCAUAAGGAUUCGAAGGAUUUGUGAGUGUCUGCCGCAGCUGCUGUUCUUUUGAAAAAGGCCCGACGAAGGCACUCUAGCGAUGCGCUCUUGAGGGGCAACUGCCACCUCCGCCUCCACCUCUUCAUCCUCCUCCUGCAUGUUGUAAAUAUGUAAAUUUUCCGUUUUUGUUAAGAAGCUUUAAGUAUUUUUAUACGUAAUUAAGUAAAUAGGCCGUGCAUUUGCAUUCGCAUAAGGCGCAUAU